AGAAACAGUUAGGCUUGUAAAAUAAGCUUUGGGCAGCUUCACGCUGCUGCUGUUUGUUGUCCAUUCAAAAGGAUGGAUACUUUGGAGGCAUAAGAUGUUCACAGAGGAGGAUGUGCAAGUGCAGUGAAUGUCUGUGUGUGUGUGUGUGUGUGUUUGCCUUCAGCGAAACCUCUGAUCUUUCCUGUGCUUUUUAGACAUGCACCCUACUAGUCGGUUCAAGUUGCGCGUGUGUUUGUGUGUGUGUGUGUGUGUGUUGAUGCCCGUGUGCGUGUUGGUCAUAGAGGUUUGAGGGCUUUUUAUUGACAUGAUCGACAAGUGCACAUGAGUGGCUGGGUUACUGAUUACAGGUGAUGUUGUAGUUUGUUUGUGAUAAGACUCUUGCUUUAAGCACAAAGUCCUGCCAAGUACAACAAGGCUUCAGCUACGUUAGCACAUCCCAGCCAUCCCUCACAGGACCACCACUGCCUCUCAGGCCCACUGGUGUUGUGUUUUCUGCCUCUUUGCACUGACUGAGAGAAAAACAGCAUCAUGAGUGUAGAGUCCAAAAAAACACGUGAGGCUUGCUGCUCCAAGCUCAAGCUCUUCCUGGCCUCGCUGGCGUUUGUAUAUUUCGCCAAAGCCUUUGGUGGCGCCUAUAUGAAGAGCUCCAUCACUCAGAUCGAGAGGCGCUUCGACAUCCCCAGCUCUCUCAUUGGGGUUAUAGAUGGCAGCUUUGAAAUGGGAAACCUGUUGGUAAUAGCGUUUGUGAGCUACUUUGGUGCAAAGCUCCAUCGUCCCAGGCUGAUCGGUAUCGGCUGUGUGAUAAUGGCUUUUGGAUCGUUCAUCAUCUCCCUGCCUCACUUCCUCCAAGAUUUGUAUAAAUAUGAGACGAGUGUGACUCACAGCAUCGAUGCCAACAGCACUGAGACCAUCCUGCCAUGUCUCUCCAACCACAGCAUCACUGACACAGAUGAGACACUCGAUUUAGAGCCCAAAGCAGCUUGUGAACAGGCAGUGGGCUCAUCCAUGUGGAUCUAUGUGUUCGUGGGGAACAUGCUGCGGGGGAUUGGGGAGACUCCCAUCAUGCCUCUGGGUGUUUCCUACCUGGAUGAUUUCUCCAAAGAAGAGAAUACUCCUUUUUAUUUGGCAUGUAUUAAUACAGUGGGAAUCUUAGGCCCUAUGUUUGGGUACAUGCUUGGGUCCUUCCUCGCUAAGAUCUAUGUGGACGUUGGAUUUGUGGAUUUAGAGAGUGUCAGCAUUAACUAUAAGGACUCCCGCUGGGUGGGGGCCUGGUGGUUGGGCUUCAUAGCCACUGGCACUGUGGCCCUGCUGUCCAGUAUCCCAUUCUUCUUCCUGCCCAGGUCUCUGCCCAAGCAGGGCGAAGAGCACAUUCACAACCACAUAGAACUGUCCUCAUUGGCAGAGCAGGAUAAUUUCCUUUCAGAUGAGCAGGAGCAGGAGGAGGAGAAAGAGAAGCAGGUCUCAAUCCGGGAGAUGGCUAAAGAGUUCGUUCCAUCUCUGAAACGACUCUUCAGGAACAGCAUCUACACACUGAUGAUCCUCACAUACCUGGUGGUCGUCAACGGCUUCAUUGGCCUCAUCACCUUCAAGCCCAAGUUUCUGGAGCAGACCUAUGGCCAGUCAGCUUCCAAAGCCACUUUCCUCAUAGGCGUACUGAACCUGCCUGCAGUGGCGUUGGGCAUCAUCACAGGAGGUUAUGUGUUGAAACGUUAUAAGCUGGGUAUCAUCGGUGCAGCCAGGGUGGCCAUUACCACCACUGUCACGUCGUUUUGUCUGCUCGCGGUGCAGGUCUUCUUGCACUGUGACAACGCAGAAGUGGCUGGUCUCACCGUCUCAUAUCAGGGGGAUUCUCAUGUGUCUUACAACCAGCAGACGUUGCUGUCGCAGUGCAAUGCAGGCUGUUCGUGCUCAAUGAAGCACUGGGACCCUGUGUGUUCCCAAAACGGCAUGACGUAUGUGUCACCCUGCCUGGCUGGCUGUCAGACCUCCACUGGCGUUGGCAGGAAUAUGGAGUUUCAUAACUGUACCUGUGUUGGGGAGAUGAUAACUCCAGGCAUGAACAUGUCUACAGUGCUGGGCCAGUGCACCAGGAGGAGUAACUGUGAUAGCAUGUUCAAAAUCUACAUGGCUUUGUCCGUGGUUGGGUCCUUCAUAUCUGCAUGCGGCGGCACACCAGGAUACAUAGUUCUGCUCAGAUCCAUACAGUCAGACUUAAAGGCCCUGGCGUUGGGUAUGCAGACACUCAUAGUAAGAACUCUGGGUGGGAUCCCGCCCCCUAUUUACUUUGGAGUGCUCAUUGACCGGACCUGUUUGAAGUGGGGUACCAAGCAGUGCGGAGGGCGAGGGGCAUGUAGGCUCUAUGAUGCUAACACCUUCAGAGUAACCUACCUAGGGCUGAUUAAUGGAUUCUACUUCCUGUCCAACAUACUUUGGGUGUUCCUCUACUUCAAAAUUGUCAAGCGACAUAAGAAACUGGCCCUAAGAAAUCAGGCCAAAGAGAACGGACUUGAGGGCAAAGGAGAGGCCAAUGGACGCGCCAGCAUCAGCAUCAGCAUCACCAAAGGCAAAGACGACACAGACAAGGAGAGCACGAUUUAAGGAUACACAGAUCGACACCUCUGUAAAAUGCAGGUGAUUACAAGUGCAGUAAUUUCCAUUGCAUUACUACUGUGCUGCACCCAGACCCGGACCAAAGGCGACAAUGGUACAGUGUCAGUGUUCUUUAGUCUUUUUAUAUAGUGGUUAUACUGUAUACUGUAUUUUGUUUUUACAGCAUAUGCUCAAUAUGAUGUAUGUACAGUGCAUUGUUUUGAAUGCUAAUGUUUGUAUGAGUUACUGACAAUGUUUUGCAGUUGUGGGUGAGGGUUUGUGAGAUAGCACAGCUAUUCUCACCACUGAGCUGAGACAUGAUGAAUAAAUAAAGAGGCCUAAAGGGAUACUUCACGUUUUUUGAAGUGCGGUUGUAUGUAUUAUCAACACAGUGGACUCUUGCUCUCACUGAUAACAUGGCUGACAGAUUUUAGUCACUUAUCAUGCCUGCUUAAGUCUUCUUUAUCUUAAAAGUGUGUUUUUUAAGAUAAAGUUAGUUAAAGUUACUGUUAGGCAACCCUUUCCAUCUGAAAAGUGAAGUUUGUACUCCAGCUAUGUUGUGAUUGGGAGCUCGUAUCUGGGUUGACAAUACGUCAGUACUAUACUACACUACACCUGAUAUGACUUUAUACAGAGGAUAAGGUGUAUAUACUCACUGGCACUGUGCAAAUGAUAGUGUGCAUGCAUUACAUUGGCAUAAGAGGAACUUAUACUCAAACGUUGAUCGCAAUCUAAGGUUUUUGAAAAAUAGUAUAGUCUUUAUAGUACGUGACUUGAGCCACACCAAGCAACUUAUAUGUAGUAUUUGUUUUUGUCCAUGAAGAAGAAGAAGAGGGACAGUGAGGCUGCUAACUUUACUUGACUCUACUAUCAGUGCUGUGCCUCUCUAACAUUACACGUCUAGAUAGCUCACCUUUACACACUUCUAGUUACAUCACAUCGCGCACAUGUCACACAAACACGGAAGGCCAUGAACAUUCACAUAAUCUUCUAACUCUUGUCAUGUUUGUUUUCAAAGGUUCACUGUCGUUUGCAAAGUGGGGUAAGAGUGAGCGGAUUUCAACCCUGUUUUACCCUGUAGUUAUAGAGAGAGAGUGGAUUAUCAUCAGUUUAUACAGCACUGUGCAAAAGCCUCUGUGCAUACACAUGUUGACUGAGUUAAACUCAUUGACAGCUUGCAAAUAUAUAAGACUGGCUUUCAAAGAAUUUGACAGAAACAAAAUUGGUGGCGCCCCGAGUCUUUUGCACAGCGCUGGAGCUAUAGCUGAUUAUAGUUAAGAGUUAGACUAGAUUUGUAUUAAGUCCAAUAUUUUUUGUCUUAUCAUAACUUUUUACAGUUUUGUUAGUUGUCCUUGAACAAAUAUCUGACAACAUUAAAGAGAUGUUUUGAAAAUACA